UCGUGGGUACAUCGACUCUACACGCCUCAGUCAAUGUUCCUAAGCACAUUUGAGGGCUAGUUGCGGCCUAGUGUUAGUACUAAUGAUAAGCGUCGACGGAGAUUGUGCUGAUGGUUCUUAAAGCCAAGGUAAUGCAUGUCGGAAUGACGAUUGGUCCAGUAGUUGUACUAGCUGUUUGUAUCAAGUUUAUCGUAACACAGUAUAUUCCUAUACCCAGCACUGGAGUUUAUGUCGGUAUCCCCCUUCAUCAAUACCCAUAUUUAUAUGGACCGCCCAGAUACUUUCCUACUGGACAAGGGCAAUACCCUUUUUUGCCUAACUAUAGCCCACAUCCAAGCAUCUCGCCUUUUAACAACCCAAAUGUUUCGCCUAGUUCGCCAAAUAACAGUCCAUAUGUUUCAUCUAGCCCUUUAGAAAACGGUAACUACAAUGGCGAUAGAGAUAAUGUUCACGGAUUGAAUUCUUCAAAAGUAGCGCCCACUACUCCAUCUAGUGAAACCAGCUCACAGGUCUUUCGCCCAGUGUCUUCUCUAAUAACUGCCAAUGUUGGAGACCCCGAGUGUUUCUGUGUUCCUAUCUACUUAUGCAAUGAAGACCUCACUGUUAAAACUGACGGGGCAGGGCUACUUGAUUCUCGGAAAAAAACUUCAACACCGGCUCCAUUUCUGGAUGGUAGAGAGCAAGAUAAAGACUCACAGCCUAAGAAAUGUGGACCUUAUCACAUAUGCUGCAAUAAGCCUCAGAGUGAAAUUUCCAUGAAAAGAACCGAAGAACGUCGCAAGUGCGGAAUCCGAAACGUAAAUGGUGUUGGUACUCCUGUUGCAUCAGGGGAGCGAGAAGGAGAGACGAAGUUUGGAGAAUGGCCUUGGCAGGCGGCAAUUCUGAAGCAGGAAAACAAAGUUAAACUUUACCAGUGUGGCGGAAGCCUGAUUAGCGAAAGACACGUGUUAACUGCGGCUCAUUGUGUAAAGAGAUUUCAAAAAGAUAAUGAAUUUCCACUGGUAGUACGUCUUGGUGAAUGGGACACACAACAAACGACAGAAUCACUGAAACAUGAAGAAUAUUAUGUGGAACAAAUUAUCGUCCAUCCAAAAUAUAUAGAGGAAAACCUGUGGAAUGAUAUCGCAAUCCUUCGGCUACGCUCAGAAGUCUCGUUUCAUCCUCACGUGCAGACAGUAUGUUUACCAUCUCAAGCAGACAUAUUUGAAGGGCAGAUGUGUUGGGUUACAGGAUGGGGCAAAGAUGAAUUUAAAGGACGUUUCAGGAACGUAAUGAAACAAGUGUCUGUACCUGUAAUUGAAAACUCCCACUGUCAAGAACAGUUGCGAAGAACAAGGCUUGGGAUGCAGUUCGACCUGUACCCUGGUUUUAUAUGCGCAGGCGGUGAACAAGGACAUGACUCCUGUAAGGGUGACGGAGGUGGACCUCUGGUAUGCCCUCGUUCAAACAGCACAUACGUCAUUACUGGGAUUGUAUCGUGGGGUAUUGGCUGUAGUGAAUCCGGAAAUCCUGGAGUCUAUGUGCGAAUUCAAAACUACAUCGAUUGGAUCCAUAAAAAUAUAUUAAUUUCGUGAAUAAUCAUUCUGAGCAUAUUAGUAGUACUAAAAGUUCUUUUGAUACAUAUUUUGACUUACAAAUAAAAAAAUGUUUUGCUUCUGUUUUCUUUUAACUUCAUUAAA